AUGAAGCUAGCUCGUUGCAUGUUUGCUUUGGCAGCCUUCGGCUCAGUGCUCGCUAUAGAUGUUAAUUGCCCAGUGCCCUGGAAUCCUCCUGGACCUGACGACGUCCGCGGCCCUUGUCCGUUCCUCAACACGCUCGCAAACCACGGAUUUCUGCCUCAUAGCGGUAAAGAUAUCGACAGGGACACGUUGGUAAAAGGUGUAAACAAGGGUGUUGGCUUCGAACCAGCGGUCGUUUCAAACCUUUUCGACUUGGCGAUCAGCACGAAUCCCGAGCCCAAUGCCACGACUUUCUCCCUUGAUAACCUUAUACGGCACAAUAUCCUUGAGCAUGAUGCUAGUCUGAGGUACUUCAACCGCCAAGACGCGUUCUUUGGCCGAGCCGACAUCCUCAACCAGGCUGUGUUCAACGAGACGCGUUCUCACUGGACCGGUGAUAUCAUUGACAUGCAAAUCGCGGUAAACGCCCUCUUGGCUCGAGUAGAAACCUCUAAGGCCAUGAAUCCGGAUUUUACGCUGUCCUUUCGCGCCAGCAACUUCAUCUUCGCAGAAAAUGCAGCAUUCAUCAUGGUCCUAGGCGAUAGAGAGACCAUGACCGUCGACAAGGCGCGGGUUGAAUACGUGUUUCAGAACGAACGUUUUCCCUAUGAGCUAGGCUGGACAACACCGGCGACACUGACAGCGGAUGAGCUCCUCGAAGGGCAGGAUAAAAUAAGGGACCUCGCUGGUCGAGAUUUGAACACAACUGCUGAGAAGAAACGGGAGGCUCCGCACAUCCGAGGCCGAUGGCCGACGCUCCUGCCCAUCGCAGCAAAGUGA